CUCCUCGUUAUCCACGGCCGACGCGAGCGAAAACCCUAGCCACCAAAUCAUUAACACUCUCUCUUCCUCCUCAAAGAAUCGAUGGCUAAAAAACGAAAGCUCGACUCCAAAUCCACCGAGCCAGCGGAAGAGCCGCCGAAGAAGCAGCAACAACAAGAUCCGCCAAAAGAAGAGCUCCAAGAAGAGCAAAACGAAGAAGAAGUAGAAGAAGUUGAAGAGGAGGAAGAAGAAGAAUACGAAGAAGUCGAAGAGGAAGAAGAAAACGAAGAUGAAGCUGAUGAAGAAAACAAUCAAAACGCUCAGAUCUCAGCUGGGGAGAUUCAAAACGAUGACGAAGAUGAAGAUGAGGAGCCCGUUGAGAAACUUCUUGAACCGUUUGGAAAAGACCAGCUGAUUAAUUUACUUCGGGAAGCAGCGGAUGCUCACCGGGAUGUUGCGGAGAAAAUCCGGCAAGUGGCUGACCAAGAUCCAGUUCAUCGGAAGAUUUUUGUUCAUGGGCUUGGAUGGGAUACGAACGCUGAGGCUUUGAUGAAUGCGUUUAAGCCUUAUGGAGAGAUUGAGGAUUGUAAAGCUGUGUGCGAUAAGGUUUCGGGGAAAUCGAAGGGGUAUGGGUUUAUUUUGUUUAAGAGAAGGAGUGGGGCACGGAAGGCGCUGAAGGAACCGCAGAAGAAGAUAGGGAAUAGGAUGACAGCUUGUCAAUUGGCGUCUAUUGGUCCGGUUCCACAGUCGAGUGGUGGCCAGGUUGGGCCUGUUGCUGCGGCAGCGCAAGCGCAGCAGCCAGUUUCGGAGUAUACGCUGAGGAAGAUAUAUGUGAGUAACGUGGCAGCAGAUUUGGAUCCGCAGAAGCUGUAUAGUUUCUUUUCGGAGUUUGGAGAGAUCGAGGAAGGACCCUUAGGGCUUGAUAAGGCGACUGGGAAGCCGAAAGGGUUUUGUUUGUUUGUUUAUAAGAGUGCUGAGGGUGCUAAGAAAGCGUUGGAAGAGCCACAUAAGAGUUUUGAAGGGCAUAUGUUGCAUUGUCAGAAGGCUAUAGAUGGGCCGAAACCAGGGAAAGCUCAGAAACAACCGCAGCAACAUCAUAAUUUGCAAAGCUCGCAUUACCAGAGGAAUGAUGGUGGUGGUUAUGUUGGUGGUGGCAGUCGUGGUGGUCAUUUAAUGGCGCCGGCUGCUUCUGGAGCUGGGAUUGGGUUUAAUCAGGGUGCUGCUGGUCCUGCCCUGAACCCUGCACUUGGACAGGCACUGACCGCAUUGCUUGCCACUCAGGGUGCUGGAUUGGGGGGGCUGACUAAUUUGCUUGGGACUUUGGGGUCUGCUGCAGCUGUGAAUCAGGGUGGUUUAUCUAGUGCAGGUCAUGGAGCCUAUGGGAACCAGGCGAGCAUAAGUCCGGGAGUGAUGGGAACUUAUGCGAAUCAGGGAGCUAUGCAGGGUGGAUAUCCAAAUCAGCAGACGGGACAGGGUGGUUCUGGGAGAGGACAACAUGGGCAAUAUGCUCCUUAUAUGGGUCACUAGGUGCCCCUCAGAUCCCAAAUAGGUGCAUCAGUCUUUUAAGUACUGGCCUGCUGACUCUUCUGAAGUUUAUGGAGCUUAUGCAAAUGAAGUCUUUAUAAAUAUGACCAAAAGUUACUCUUUGCUGCAAAGGCCAGAAUCUUAAAAUGUCAAAUGAUGUUUAUGUUUUCUCUACUUAUUUUUUCCAUUUCCUGCACCUUUUCAUUUUUAAAAUAUGUAUUUUGAGAUUCAGUAUUUGGUUUAAAAGCUUUGGGUACAAUUUGACUAAUUUCAAGUUCUGUAUACUCUUUGGAGUCAAUGUUGUUGAACAAAAAUGUCUUUUGAAAUUUCUAUCAUUAGGAAUACAUGUUGCUUGAACUAUUUACUUUUCAGGUGGUGCUUUUCUUUAAAUAUUCCAAUGUACUUGGUUUUGUUUAUUAGAAAUGAAUAUUUUCAACUCUUUUAUUAUCUGAAUCUAUUUGCACUGAAAUGAUGUAUAUUAGAACUGGAACUUUGCUGUGAUCUAUUGGUGCAAUUUCUUGUGAUGCACCCUUUACUGAAAUUUGAGAACAAUCUGAUGUGCAUGGUGAAUAUGAUAAUGUAGCACAGGCUGCUUAUAAUUUGUCUCUGGAAGUGAUCUUUCUGUGCAGGUUAAGAGCUCUAGUCCUUGCUACUUUGCUUGCAGUAAUGUUACGUGGUUGGGUGGAAAUUGUGGGGGGAGGGAGAUUUUUUUGAAACUUUUAACAUAAUUUGAUUAUUCAGAAUUCUGUAAAAUUGUCUUGUGAUGCAAAAAUGGUUUGACAAAUUUUUACCGGGCAGUUUUAGAAGUAGUGGUUUUAUGAUGUGGAACUGUUUUAACUGUGGGUUUUCCAUGGUAUUGGGAUGUUAAGUUGAUCGAAUUGUUUCACUCACAUAGUCUAUAAUAGAAGCAUACAUUUUUUUUUUAUUGAAAACUGGUUUUGACAACUUCUCCAAGAUUUGGAACUUCCUCACCCUUCUAUCAGAAUCAUCCUGUUUUAGAAAAAUUUUAAUUUUUACUGUAUGGGAAUGAUUUAGCUUGUGGUUUAACUUGGAAAAAGUUACCAUGUAUGUUUUGAAAUAGUUCUGAGAUCAAAUGCUUUUGAAGGUGGUAUACUUUUUUUGAUCUCCCAUGGGUAAUGCUUUCCACAGUCUAAAAUUUGCCAGUUUUGAAAUCAAAACAUUUGAAGAACUUCUGUUAUCGGGAGAGAUGUUACCUGAGAGAAGCUUGAGAUUUGUUUCUAUCACUGUUCAAUGAUCAGUCUGCACAAGUUAUUUUAUUAAACUUGUUUUCAUAUAUCUGAACCCCACUGUAUAUGAGGCCCAAGGUGUGCCUUUAUGGAUGUUCUGGUCACUGAGCCACAGAAAAAUGGGUGGUUGCAAGGGAGUUAAAAGGUAAGAAAUUUGUUAUAAUGAGAUUCUUUAGUUCUCCUAAUGAAGUCUAUUAAUUCUCUACAUUGUAGAACUACAUAGAAUUGCACAAACCUUGUCUAGAGCCACGCAGUCCAACCCCUGCUAGAUUUUGAUUAAGUUCAGUGGUGUUAAAUUGCAAGUUGAAAGCAUUUUGCAUACAACCUUAUAACAAUGUAAUAAAAGGAAAUAAUGUGUGCAAAUUAGUCAGAAGAUUAUAAAUUAGUUCUAAUCAAGUUCUUUAAUUAGUCCUUAUCAAGUUCUCUAAUUUUCUUAAUGCAAACUGUUAGUAUUGUUUUUACAUCUUAGUACACAAGUACAUAGAAUUGCAUUGGUCCUGUCUAAAAAUCAUGGGGUUCCCUGUUAGAUUUUGAUUAAGUUCAGCUGAGUUAAAUUUUGCGAGUCAGAAGCAUUUUUCCUGUUACCUUUGACAAUGGUAUAAUAGGAAAUAUGAGGUGCACUGUUUUGUUUCUUCUUUUUGGUGUGCCUGCACGCAUGGAAGUCAUGCCCUCUAUAUGGUUUGUUUGCAUUUUCUUACUUAUCAUUUUCAUCAUUCUGUUACAUUUUGCUAAUGACAAUAUAUUGUGCUCCAUGAAUGACAGAGAAUAUGUGCUUGAAAGGGUAAAUUAAUGGUAUUUAGGUUUAAUUUUUUUGGGUCACAUGUUAUGACCUACCUAUUUGAUAAAGAAAUAAUAUUUAUUUAUUGUUAUUUUACUAACCAUUUUCACAAAUAUAUGAAUAAAAAAAAUUAUGGACUAAACAGAGUGACAGCAUUUUCUGCCGAAAACAUGAGGUAGCUGAAGGUUAUUAUGUUCUACCACAGGUUUCUUAGAUCUUAUUAUGUUCUACCACAGGUUUCUAAGAUCUAGUUACUUUUCUCUGUUUUGCACAUAUUUUGAUCCUGAAUGGAUUUGAUAUGGUUCUCAAUGGGCAAAAUUUUCACAUCUGUCACAUUUCCCAAGUUUUGGUUGCCUUUCCUCUCCAGACUUUCAGCAUUAUUUUCAUGGAAUUUCUUCCUUUGUCUUUGAGAACUCCAGAAACUUUUUGCCUGUUAUCAUUAUUUGGAUGUUCUGCGUUAAGGCACCUUAUGUACCCCCAUAGACUCUUGGAAUUCUCUCCUUUGCCGUCCUAAAUGUGUUAUGACAAAGAUUUAAGAAGUAUACAGUUCUCGUGUC